CUGGCAACACAAUAACACAGGAAGAAAUACCAGCCCAGACUUGAAAACUCACGUUGAGUGCUCUUUUGAAUUGUUUAAUGUUUACUUACGUUUUUUCUUGCGAUCUAUAUAAUUCGUCAGGUCCUGCUUGUUGUUGUAGUUAGUACUGGACAGCUUUGCACAUUUGAUCGCUGUAAUCAAGUGAUAGAAUCACUGCACACUCUGUAUUAUUAUUUUAUUUUGAAUUGGCAUAUUUUUCAGAAGUCAGUAACAAUUAUUAUUUCUAUAGGUUAAAUUGUUAUGGCAGGUACUUCGACAAAGACUGUGCACGACAUCUUUCAAAAUAUGGAGUAUGGACCAUCCAGCACUAGCACGGCAACUGCACAGUCAUGGCUGGUGAAACACUCUCGCGUUCUUGGCUUCUUCAUUGAUGGGAAAUUUUUCAGCCCUGCAGAUAGACAGACCCAUGAUGUGACUGAUUCCAAAGCGGUGGUCUGCAGCACUGUUUGUGCUAAAGAUGAGGAUGUUGCGUCUGCUGCCUCAUCUGCAGCUGGAGCCUUCAAAACCUGGAGUGAAUUGAGCUGUUACCAAAGAGCCAAAGUGUUACUCAAGUUGGCGAGUGUCCUGCAAAGACACAGUCAGUGUGUGUCUGAGCUGUGCGAGCUCUCUCAGUCUUCUACCUCUCCCGCUGUGCUCAUUAGACUGGCCCAGUACUAUGCCAGCUGGGCUCAACUACGAGACACGCUCAUGCCUGAGUGGAUCCCACAAGGCGUUGUGGCAGUGGUUGUUUCAGAUGACUGUUCCGUCUACUAUCUUCUGCUUAAGGUUUUGCCAGCUCUAGCUAUGGGCAAUGCUGUUAUUGUGGUGCCUGGCAAGACUAGCACUCUUCCUGCCCUUCUGUUGGCUCAGCUGUUUAUGGAGGCUGGAAUCCCUGCCGGAGUGCUGAAUGUGGUCUCAGGCAGUGAAGCAUCACUGGGUGCCAAAGUGGCUCAAAAUCCACAAGUGAACUACUUGACCUACAGCGGAAGACAACAUACUGGAGAAGCCCUGGCUAAAGCAGUGGCUGGUUGGGGAGUCCCCAUGUCUUUCUCUCUCUCACUUAGCUCUGUGUGCACUUUUAUCAUCUUUGAUUCGGCAGACCUCGACAGUGCUGUGGAUGGAGUGAUAGAGCUGGCCUUCGAGAAGAAAAGAGAUUUCCAGUGGGUGCUCUGUGUGCAGGAAUCAGUGUUGGACAGUGUUGUGGCCAAGCUGAAGUUAAGAAUGACUGGGAUGAAGUGUGUUCCACUUGCCACCGAGACUGACAGGAAUUUUAUAGAGGCUGCAGUUCAGGAAGCCCAGCAGCAGGGGGCGACACUGAUGCAGUCAUGUCCACCUGCUUCUACUGGUGCUCUCUACCCCCCUACUGUACUGUGUGGACUGGCUCCUUCCUGCGAGUCUGUGAUUUCACCUCCUCCAGGCCCUGUGCUGCCUCUCAUAUCCUUCAGGAGCUCUGCUGAAGGAGUUACACUCGGAAACCACAGUCCUUAUGGUCAGGCGGCCUCCAUCUGGACUGAAGAUUUGACUCUGGCUUUGGAGUCUGCAAAGAGUCUGUGUGUAGGUUCAGUGUGGGUGAACUGUCAUUCUGUAAUGGAUCCUGCAUUGCCUCUGUGUGGACGGAGGGAGAGCGGGAACUGCACAGAUGGAGGCAGAGAGGGUCUGUAUCAGUUCCUUCGGCCGUCACAUUCACCCUCCUUCCCUCGCUCCAGUCCCAGCUCUAUCAACUAUGCUGAUUUUGGCUCUGCAGUUUCCAAAUUCAUGAUACCUGAAAGAUUUGAUCCUUCCAGUGUCCCUCGCUUUUACUACCAGUUCGUGGGUGGUCAGUUGCAUAAAGCUGACUCGGGCUGCAGCAGGUCAGUGUUGGCCCCUGGGGGCGCUGUACUGGCUCACUGCCCAGAUGGAGGCAGAAAGGAUGUCCGGAAUGCAGUAGAGGCCGCCAUUAAGGUCCAGCCAGGGUGGACGAAGAAAAGCCCCACUGCACGCUCUCAGUCACUUUAUUCACUUGCUGACAGUCUAGAUAAGAGAAGACGGGACUUGGCUGUAUCGAUCCAGACUCAAACCGGCAUCUCAUUAGAAGAGGCAGAGAAAGAAGUGGAGCUUAGCGUCUCCAGACUCACUGAUUGGGCUGCACGUUGUGAUAGAGAGCAGGGUGGAACUCCAUUCCCGCCCCAGUCUGGUUCCGCCCUGUCAACUCCUGAGGCUUUAGGGGUGCUGGGAGUGAUUCUCCCCAAUUCCAAACCGCUGCUCUCUCUGGUGUCCUUGCUAGGGGCAGCUGUUGCCAUGGGUAAUGCUGUUAUCAUGGUGCCAAGUGAGAAAUACCCUCUUCCAGCUCUUGAAUUUAUCCAGGUCCUGCAGGCCUCUGAUAUCCCCGGAGGUCUGGUCAGUAUAAUAACAGGGGGCAGGGAUCAGCUGACCCAGGCACUUGCCAACCACAGUGUGAUUCAAAGCAUUUGGUAUUGGGGAAGUAAAGAGGGCUGUCAGUUUCUUCAAUACUCCUGUGUCAGUCCCCUUAAACGUCUGUGGCUACACUGUGAAGAGGAGGAGGAGAGGGAAGCGGGACGAAACUGGACCAGCUCAAAUCCCUCUCUUCAAGAAGAGCUUUGGAGGAAGGCGGUGGUCUGGAAAAGUAUUUGGAUCCCUACAGCAUAAAGCACUUAUUGUUAAAGUUUUCCACAAGCCAUUUGGACAAAUGAAAGCGACCGGGCAUGUUAGGAGAACUUCCAACAUUUGUUUCACUUUCACAAAGUCAUGUGAAAUAAGGAAGAUUACUUUUAUUAUUGUUCCCCAUGAUAGACGGUUGCAUCUGACAAAUAAAGAACUGUUAUAACAAGUCUAACUUGUUUAUGGCAAUAUAGUAAUCAGGUUUUAUUACAAAUGUAAAAAAUGUUCAACAUUAUUAUACAUUACCUGUUGUCAGACAUAUGUCUUAUGAUUGUUUAGAGUGCUUAAAUGAAAACUGUGAUCAAAAAGAUACUAAAUGAUCAGAAAACUGGCCCAAAAUUAGUGGUACUCUGUUCCACUUAACCAAAAAAAAAAAAAAAACAGCAGUGGCAACCCAUCCUU